CAGCUGUUUGUGAAAGACAUUGUCAUUGAUGAUUCAUUAUUGAUAAAACCUAGUGUUAAUAUUAGACCUAACAACAUUGAAAAUAAUCUUUUGUAACGUAUUCAAUUUCGUAGUAAGUACGCAGUAAACGUUAAACAUGUUUCGUACCUCCAGUAAUUUUGACAAAUUGUUGGACAAAGCCACCAGCCAUUUGCUUAUGGAACCAGAUUGGCCUACAAUAUUACAAUUAUGUGAUUUAAUUCGUCAGAAUGAUGUUCAACCAAAAUAUGCCCUCACCGCUGUCAAGAAGAAACUGUUUUCUCAAAAUCAGCACACCGCUUUGUAUGCACUUUUAGUUCUUGAAAGUAUGGUUAAAAAUUGUGGAUACCCCCUUCAUGAAGAACUAACAACUCGCCCCUUUUGCGACACUCUUUUCGAGUUGGCCAAAACGACAGUCCACGAGACUGUUCGUCAAAAGCUCCUCGAAUUAAUCCAAGCCUGGAACUUCGCUUUCCGAAAGAGCGCCAAACAUACAGCCCUCAAAGACACCAUGAUGUUGAUGAAAUCCGAUGGUUUUAAAUUUCCAGCUUUCCGCGAAUCUGACGCAAUGUUCAGUGCCGAUUCGGCUCCAGAAUGGGCAGACGGGGACGUUUGUCAUCGUUGUCGCACCGCUUUUAGUAUACUGCAACGUAAACAUCAUUGCCGAGCUUGUGGCCAAGUUUUCUGUCAUCAGUGUAGCCAGAAGACUACUACGUUGCCUAAGUACGGCAUCGAGAAAGAAGUUCGCGUUUGCGACGCUUGUUAUGAUCUGGCAACUAAACCUAGUGCAGCGAGCAAGGCCGCUGCUGAAAAGCAAGAGACCGAGCUGCCUCCUGAAUAUUUGAAUAGCUCUUUGGCUCAGCAGAGUCAAACGCCACCAAGGAAGACUGAAGAUGAGUUGAGAGAAGAAGAGGAAUUGCAGUUGGCGUUGGCUAUCAGUCAGUCAGAGGCGGAAGCAAAGGAAAAAGAAAAGGAGAAGUUUAAAAUGGUUAAUACUUACAAAGCACCUGUUGAACGCAGUCCUUCGCCGGUCGAAGAAGCAACAAACCCAGAGCUAGCCAGAUAUCUAAACCGUUCAUACUGGGAGUCUGUUAACCAAACUGAACCUACAGAAGUACGAGCUGCCAGUCCCUCAGCUCCAGCAACCGCUCCUGUUACCGAAGUCAAACCUAAGCAAAAAGAAAAUGGAGUAGUUGAUACUGAUCUGGAAGACUUCAUAAGUACUCUAAAAUCUCAAGUGGAGAUCUUUAUUAACCGCAUGAAAGGUAACUCGAGCAGAGGACGUUCCAUUGCCAAUGAUACUAGCAUCCAGACACUGUUUAUGAACAUAACUGCUAUGCAUUCCAAACUUCUACGAUACAUCCAACAGCAUGACGACAGUCGCUUACACUACGAACGUCUUCAAGAUAAGCUGACUCAAGUUAAAGACGCUCGAGCCGCUCUAGAUGACCUCCGAGAUGAACAUCGUGAAAAAUUGAGGAGAGAAGCUGAAGAAGCGGAGAGACAACGCCAGCUCCAAAUGGCACACAAACUGGAAAUCAUGAGAAAGAAAAAGCAAGAAUAUUUGCAGUACCAGAGACAAUUGGCUCUCCAGCGCAUACAAGAACAAGAAAGAGAAAUGCAAAUGAGACAAGAGCAUCAAAAACAACAAUAUUUAAUGGGCUACAUGGGAGGGAACCAGUUUUCUCCUCAACCCCAGCCGCAGUCGCAACCACAGUCUCAGCCUCCUCCAAACAGCGCUCCGCCUCAAAGUAUCCCCUCAUAUCACAAUUACCAAUACGGGCCUAUGAUGCCACAAAAUCCCCCGCCGAUGGGACACCCAGGCAUGCCACAACAAAUGCCACCUCCUGGACCGCAACCUCACUUUCAACCCCAGAUGCCAAAUUAUGGUGUUCCGCAAAUGAAUAACCAACCAAUGAUGAACCCCAUGGCAGGACCGGGGCCGAUUCCCAUGCAAGCUCCGCCCCAGAAUCCGGUGUUGCCACCACCGGGACAGUUCCAGCAGCAACCACCCCAACAAAUCGAAAAAAGGGAAACAAGGACUGCAGAAUUGAUCAGUUUUGAUGACUAAAUUGUUUAUUAACUGUAUUUAGCUUAUAAUGGUUUGUUUUUGUAAUUCAAUAAAUGUCAUUAGUCUAAUCCUA